CGGCGCGAUGAUGGCGGCGGCGGCGGCGGCCCCCGCGCCCGAGGCCUGGCCGGAGCUGGAGCUGGCGGAGCGCGAGCGGCGGCGGGAGCUGUUGCUGACGGGGCCGGGGCUGGAGCAGCGGGUGCGCGAGGCGGGCGGGCGGCUGCCGCCGCGGCUCUUCACGCUGCCGCUGCUGCACUACCUGGAGGUGAGCGGCUGCGGGAGCCUGCGGGAGCCGGGCCCGGGGCUGGCGCAGGGCCUCCCGCAGCUGCACAGCCUCGUGCUGCGGCGCAACGCGCUGGGGCCCGGCCUGAGCCCCGAGCUCGGCCCGCUGCCCGCGCUGCGCGUGCUCGACCUGUCGGGCAACGCGCUGGAGGCGCUGCCGCCGGGCCAGGGCCUGGGCCCCGCCGAGCCGCCGGGGCUCCCGCAGCUGCAGAGCCUCAACCUCAGCGGCAACCGGCUGCGCGAGCUGCCCGCCGACCUGCCGCGCUGCGCCCCGCGCCUGCAGACGCUCAACCUCACGGGCAACCGCCUCGACUCCUUCCCCGCCGCGCUCUUCCGGCCCGGGGCGCUGCCGCUGCUUAGCGAACUGGCGGCCGCCGACAACUGCCUGCGGGAGCUCAGCCCCGACGUCGCGCACCUGACCUCGCUCAAGACGCUGGACCUCUCCAACAACCAGCUCAGCGAGGUCCCGGCAGAGCUGGCUGACUGCCCCAAGCUCAAGGAAGUCAACUUCCGGGGAAACAAGCUGACAGACCGGCGGCUGGAGAAGAUGGUGCACGGCUGCCAGACCAAGUCCAUCCUGGAGUACCUGCGCAGCGGAGGCCGGGGUGGCGGGCGGGGCAAGGGCAGGGCAGACGGUCCUGAGAAGGAAGAGGCCCGCAGGAGGCGGCGCGAGAGGCGGAGGAGGGAGAGUGGUGAGGGCGAGGAGGAGGAGGUGGGCAGCACCAGCAGGCUGCUGCUCCGCGUCCUGCAUGUGUCUGAGAACCCCACCCCGCUGACCGUGCAUGUCAACGCCGCAGUCAAGGAUGUCCGGCCAUUCAUUGUGGGGGCUGUCGUGAGAGGCAUGGACCUGCAGGCUGGGAAUGCGCUCAGACGGUUCCUCACAUCCCAGACAAAGCUCCACGAGGACAUCUGUGAGAAGAGAACAGCGGCCACCAUCGCAACCCACGACCUCCGGGCCGUGCGUGGGCCCCUGGUCUACACCGCCCGCCCGCCGCAAGACCUCAAGAUUGUCCCCUUGGGGCGCAAAGAAGUCAAGGCCAAGGACCUGGUGCGGCAGUUGCAGCUAGAGGCUGAGGAGCAUAGGAAGCAGAAGAAAAGACAGAACGUCUCAGGCCUCCACAGGUAUCUGCACUUACUGGAUGGGAAGGAGAAUUACCCCUGCCUCGUGGAUGCUGAUGGUGACGUGAUUUCUUUCCCACCGAUAACCAACAGCGAGAAGACAAAGAUUAAGAAAACAACUUCUGAUCUGUUUUUGGAAGUAACAAGUGCUACAAGUCUACAGACCUGUAAAGAGAUAAUGGAUGCCCUCGUGCUGAAAAUGGCAGAAAUCAACAAGUACACUCUAGAAAAUAAAGAGGACGGAUCCCUUUCAGAUCCUGAAGCUGAUGCAGUUUCUGGACCACCUCUGGGUCCCAGCACAAGCCCAAGUGCCGAAAAGGACGGCAGUGCCCCGCUGGUGGUGGAGCAGGUCCGGGUGCUGGAUGAGGACGGGCACCUGAGAGUGGUGUACCCCUCCAAGACGGACUUGGGCUGUGCUGCUCCCCACAUGACCGUGAUCCGCUGAGCCCCAGGCAGCAUGUCCGCCACUGCCACGCGUGUCCUCAGCUGUGCCUCUUGUGGUGACAUCAAGUUACGCAUCACAUUUUCACCCCGGUGGUUCUCAAGGUGCACGCGUUGGCUCUUUGAUCGUCCAGACAGUUCUCUCCCGUUGCAGUGACACCACAUUAUCCUGGGCUUGAAUCAUUUUCCCUUUCCAGCACCAAAUUGAUUACUAACGCUUUACGAAAUUAUUCAAAUACCGGAAUUAACUGUUCAAAACGUUCUGAGAUGAUGUGGAUAUAGCAAAUACCUUUAUUCAGGGGAAAAAACACUAAUUGGCUUGGAUAGUCAGCUGUACCCUGGGAAGCUAAAGAACACACAUUUCGCUGAGCUAUACCAUUACUUUUCUACAAUACGGCAUCUUUUAAAACCACACCACACCAGUGGUACAGCCUACAGAUGUGGAGUGAUGUCAUGUUCCUACCUUGCCGCAAAUCGUCAUCUUUUUAUGAAAAGAAUAUUUUUUAGGUGACUUUAAAAUUGGUGGAAGCAUUUUUUUUUCCUUAAUAUUACGGUUGGAUAUGUUAGGGGUAGAGCCACAGCAUCCCCUCCUUGGGCCCCAGGGGAGGAGCAGGGCUGUGCUCGUGUACACUGGCACCGUGGGGAGGAGCAGACAGCAGAACACGCAGCUCAGGCCAAGCCCAUGGUUCCCUGUUGCAGAACGGGCUUCCACGCACAAGCCAGACUGUUCUGUCAGCAUCUGGCUAAAGGACAGAUGGGCAGGGGCUGUGGGAGGCCAAGUUUGGAGCUGGCGACCACAAAGCGGGUGCCAGGUGAACGGUUCUUGAGCAUUUUGUGUUUUAGGUUACUUCCGGUUUUGAAUGUCUCGGACAAGCUGUGUGUAUCCGUCUGUGUGAGUCUGCACGUGCUUGCAUACAGGCACCGGCCAGCCAGCCACUCAGGUGGUUUUUACGGACUCACAGACUUUUUAUUUAAUGUCUCCGUCUUUGUCACCUUCUGUGACCUGCGAAAGUCAGGCUGUGUGUUCUGUGGAUUUGGGGAGCAUUUGCAAGCGGCCACUGAACCCACGCUUUUAGCCACUGAAACCAGACAUAUGGGGGCUCACUGACAAAGGCACAUGGUUCUCCCAGAGCUCAGCCAACCCGCUCUGUAGGACACUGCACGGCUGCCUUGAGACCCCAACCUCGCUCUCUGGACAUCCCCAGGCCUUCCCCUCUGUCCCUGAAGGUGGUGGCUGGGCUGAAGUACGUGAACCAGAUGGUGGCUUUUCCUCGUUCUGUUAACCACAACCCUACUGAACAUCUGGCUGGUGCCUCUGGCUUGUCCUCUCAUGAGCCCCGGGCACUCGGUGCUGACUGCUGUGGGUGCUGUGGCUGGAGCCCUGUAGCCAGACGGCUCAACCCUGUGUUGAACCCUGUGUGCGGUGCACAGAUGUGUUGAACUUACCUUGGGAAACCAGACAUCCUUGGUCUCUGCUGCCAGCCAUCCCUUUGAUAAACCCUGACAUUCUUGCCGGCCUGACCUUCUAAUAAAAGUCAUUUCAUAAGAACAUU